GCUUAGCACGUUUCCGAAUAAUUAUAUAACCAACUUCUUCUAAUUCCUAUAUUUUCACGUUUGUUAUAGUCUCUUUGUUAUUUCCGGCCCUCUUUCUUCUCCGUUAUAUCCUCUCAAGUAUUUUCGAAAACAUUAUCUUCUUCCUUUCAUCAUUGAGUAAUUAUACUAAUACAUAAUAGUCAUUUUACCAAAAACCUACACUUCUGUUUUCUUAUCAGAUUUCUCUAAAAAAAACUACUAAAAGAUUGUUGAAAUUUUGUUUAGAUGGUUACUAAAAGGGUUUUGAUUACUUGAUCAUUAUUCAUCAUUUUGGAGUAUUUGACUUUUGGUAAAAGAUGUUAGGAAACUUCAUUACCAGCGGUUUAGUAUUGGUUCUUGGAUAUGCAUACCCUGCUUUUGAGUGUUUUAAAACUAUUGAGAAGAACAGAGUGGAGAUUGAAGAACUUAGAUUCUGGUGCCAAUAUUGGAUUAUUGUCGCGGCACUGAGAAUCUUUGAGAGCUUUGGUGAUUUGUUCAUGUCAUGGUUACCAAUGUACAGUGAGGCUAAAUUGGCUCUUUUCAUCUACUUAUGGUAUCCAAAAACGAAGGGCACGGCAUACAUCUAUAAUGCCUUAUUGAAGCCAUAUGUGGCAACGUAUGAAAAAGACAUUGACAGAAGUUUACUGGAAUUUAGAGCCAAUGCAUGGGACUUGGCCAUUUAUUACUGGCAAAAUUGUGCAGAAUUGGGGCAAGCAAAGUUCUUGCAGAUGCUUGAGUUUAUAGCUUCUCAGUCUAAAAGAGGAACACAAUCCAGUCCUGAGCAAAAAGAUGAUACCAACCAUUCAGGCGGAGCGCCACCAAACACGCCAUCCGGAUUAUUCAAGAGGAAUAAUAAGCAGCUGACUGACAGGAGGCCACCACCUGGUUCAUCUUCACCACCACCACCACCGCGGCCUUCUUCCUCCGCCCACCACUCCACAUUGCAUACUAUUAAGUCAGAACCAGUGCACCACGAGGAUGCUUCAUUUCAAGACAAUGAUAGUUUUAAAGACCAUGGUCUUCAUGCUGCCAGGGCAAAACUAAGACGUAAACGGAGCAUUUAAGCCAAAUAGUCACACAAUAAAGGAAAGAUUUUUUUGUAAAAAGUUACAAUGCGAUCAGAACAACUUUGCUACAUUUUUCCUGCUCCAUUUGUUUGACUUUCAAGUUUUGAAAUGAAAUUCUUUUUAGUUCUAAGUUAAUGAGUUAGAUACUUUUGUCUUUCCUGUUGAAUGUUACAGAAUCUGAUAUUGUGACGCAUAACGCAAUCAGAUCGUUGACUUAAUUUCAUUGUAUCAUAGAAGCAAUUUGUAAGAAAUUUACUGGUACCUAGAGAUUGUGAUACU